CACGUUUGUUCUCAAUUUAUUGUAAACAUACUUUGGUGAGACUGUGAUUCCUCGUUGCCUUAAUAUUUUAAUAAUAUGGCUUUGACAGUCCCAUGCAUGAAGCCGGUCAAUACUUUUCAACGUCAGCUCCAGGGCUUUCUAUGGAAGUCCUUUUUUUGCAUAUCAACUGUUGAUAUUUUUAAAGUCAAACCGCCAAAGAAAAUACGGAGAAAGAAACAAAACAUGAAAGCUUUCGAUGAAAGCAUGUCCUGGGAAGACAGACUGGCUGAUGCUGUGACACCCCUUUGGAGGCUCAGUUAUGAUGAACAACUUCACAUCAAACAGCAAAACCAGGAAAAUAUACUGAAACAAUUCUCUUCCCAGCUUUCCCAUUUAAUCUUAGCUCAGCAAUCACCGGUGGUCAACGAUACGUCGGGCUUCUCUGUUCUGCCUAUAAUGCCAUCACCAGUUAGGGACUUCUAUCGCAAUAAGUCUACAUUCUCUGUCAACAAAGGCGUGGAUGGCAACCCUAAAACAGUCGGGUUUUAUGUUGGUACUGGCAGGGACCGAAACAUUAUUUGCGUCAAUGGAGACCACCUUCUGAACAUGCCUGAAAAGCACAAACAAGUGGCCAGAUGCUACCAAGAAUUCAUUCGUCUAUCUCCCUUAGAUUCAUGCCUUCUGUUCCAUAAAGGAGGUCACUGGAGAGAGGUCACGGUCAGGACCAAUGCAAAGGGCCACACUAUGGUUAUAGUCUAUUUUCACCCACAAACACUUGUCCCAGAGGAGAUAGCAAUUCACAAACAAGCCCUUGUGGAUUACUUCACAAAGGGCCCGGGAGCCAUUUGUGAGCUCUACUCACUGUUCUUCCAAGAGACUUCCAUGACCCGCUGUGAUCACGAAGAAUCCCCAUACCAACUCUUGUAUGGCCAGGCACAUAUACACGAAGAGCUGCUGAGCUUCAAGUUCCGCAUCUCCCCGGACGCUUUCUUCCAGGUGAACACGGCUGCAGCCGAAGUGCUCUUCACCGUGGCUCGGGAGAUGUGCUUCCCGGAAGGGGUGGCGGAUAGGGUGGGUGGUACCCUUCUGGACGUGUGCUGCGGCACGGGCGCCAUCGGCAUCACCCUGUCCCCCGCGGUGGAGCAGGUCGUCGGGGUGGAGCUGGUCCCACAGGCGGUGGAGGACGCCAGACACAAUGCCGCGCUCAAUGGUGUGCUCAACUGCCAGUUUCUCGCCGGAAAAGCAGAGGUGAUCCUUCCCAGGAUCUUUCCCCAGCUGAGCAGUUCCGAAGAAGGAAGUGGCGGUGGCGGCAUGGCGGCUUUGGUCAACCCUGCCCGAGCCGGGCUUCACUACCGCGUGGUCCGGGCGUUGCGAAACCAACCCGACGUGCGCAGACUGGUCUACGUUUCCUGUAAACCAGAUGGAGAGGCCAUGAGGAACUUCAUUGAGCUUUGCUGCCCUCCGGACCCACAGAAGAAACUCACAGGGGAGGCCUUUACCCCGAGAGUGGCUGUGCCAAUCGAUAUGUUCCCACACACAGAGCAUUGUGAACUGGUGUUACUUUUUGAGAGAUAGGUUUGGAACUUUAUGUUUAUAUUUUUAUAUGGUAUUAAAUCCUGCUAGCUAGUUUUUUGUUUUUUUGUUUUAAAUGGAGGAAUGAUCGUGUAUACUUGCAUAAACAGCUACUGCAUUCAUUCAAGUGAAGAAUGUGUUCUUCUACCCAAUUAGAUUGACCAAUCCAAUUUGUCCACUGCUCUAAUGCUGUACUCAACCACUAGAUGGUACUGUUUGGGCUUCCACGUGUCUAGUAUAUCAUGUCACAUUGUCAAAAAAGUAAUUGUUUCACAAUAGAUUAUGGUCACACUUUCAGUUAACUAUAGUUCAUGUGCUGAAUGGUAAAGUAGGUCAACACAAGAGAAGUGCAGUAAUUUAUUGCAACAUAGUUUACCAUUAUUCUUUUGAAUGGGGUAAUGCAGUGCUGAUGUCCGUCCCCUCAUUGCGAGUUCAGUCACCCCCAAUGGGAUGAGCAAAUGUGUUUACUUUGUUGCACAAUAAACUGUAUCUAUAUGAUAUAAUUUUUUAAAUAAAGAGAUUGGGAUGUUGGUGCAUGGCACGAAACGGUUGAGUGGGUUAUAAUCAUCCGAUCAUAGAUAAGGGACAUGGGGCGGCACCUCGGCCAUUAGGUUGGGUCAAAAUAUUGGAAAAUAAUGUAUGCUUCAAUUAUACAACAAUCCAACCAUCACUUAUACCUGUUAACGCACUAUAUCUCUGUCCCACACGAGCUCAUAUGAUAUUGAUGAUGAGAUAUUAGGUCUAUUGUCCUACAUUGGAUUGCACUGAUAUCAAUCUGCGUCUGCUUUUUUACCAUCCAUAUUAGCCCUGCUUACCAUACAUUUCAAGUCGCUUUCCUGUCAUUGCACAAUCAUUUUUGCACUUGGAUCCAGUUGUAUGCAACAAGAUCUUGCAUUUAAACAGUUUAGUAUGGUAGCAUUAUGUGUAGUGUAGGUUGGCCUAAUUUUUGCCGGCAAAUCUUUUUGUGUAUUACUAAUUGUUAUUUUGUGGAUUAAAUUGUGUUUAUUGAG